AGCUUCCCGAUAAUUAAUUAAUUAGAUUUAUAAAUGUUAUAGUUGCUAUUUAUUAGUCCAGUAUUUAAAAAUAAUUAUAAAAAUAACACACACCUCAUGUGCUUUCGGCACUACACCCGAUUAUUUACGUUCUAGAAAUAGGUUAUUUUUGUAUCUACUUCUACAAAUAACACUAUUUUGACACAGUUAGAAUAUGGAACAAAUAAUAGGGGUUAAGUUUUUUUGUAGGUUUCAUUCUUCUGGUUGCCUCUUAGUUAGACAAUUUACUUUUUCGAUAUUAAUAUUAUGUUCCACAAUACUGCAAUGAAAACAUGUUUUAUUGUUCAAAGAAGUAAACUUCUUACUUUUUUAUUGUAUUGCAGUUGCUAGUAAUAAUAAUGCAGAGAAAACUAUCUUGUCAUAUAACUUUUCAGAACAUGCUGACUGUACCAGCUGACUCUUUAAAGAGCUUUGUGGCUCAGCAAGCUCUGGUAGGGCAACGCAUUGUGGGUCGCUGGACUCUGCAUUCUUGUCUUGCAUGCGGACAGACGACUCAUGCUAUACUCCAUGACAAGCUAUCUGCAUCAAAUUUAGCUUUACUACCUAAAUCUCUUCAGACUACUUUGGAGAAAAUGAACACUUUAAAGAAAUCAAGUAACUUUUCUCCUGUAUUUAAUCUGCUGGUACCAGAAAUAACGCAUGAUAUUGAAAUGAAGGAGAACAUAGAUACAAACAAUGUUAAAGUUAAUGAUAAGAGAGCAUGGGCUCCUGCGCAGCAUGUUAUUGGUAACUUGAGCAAGCAGCUAAGUAAAACACUACAGUCACAACUCGAAGCUGUUGAGGAUUCAGUCAGGCAGUACCGAGACCAGAAAUAUGCAGAAUUUGAAGCUUACAGAGAACGAGCACAAAGAGAUCAUAAAAUUUUAGCUAGUAUUAUAAACAAAGCACAAAGCAAUGUGGAUAACAAUGGCUGGCAGGCAGACACAAGCCUAGACAAUGGCCCUCCAUCUCCACAAAUACCUCCUCUACAGAGAAGAAGACUGUCCUCUUUCAAAGAUGCCAAAAAACUUGCCCAAAAUAUUAUUAAACCUGUGCAAAACUUUCCUCCAGAAGAAGAUUCUUUAGAUGCAGAGGACCUCUUUGAAUUAGAGGGAACAGACAGCCAUAACAACAUGAAUUCUGAUCAAGACGACUAUGACUCAGAUCAGGGUAGUAACGAUGAGGGCAUCCAAAUUUCGCGGCCACGUCGCGGGGUUGCCGCAGACAUCGCUCGCUCUCUUCCAAUCAACAUGCCUUUUCCUAACGAACGCCCCAUACCUAAAGAAUUGGAUGACGAUGAGGAGCCGCAGGAUAUCGCAGCGAGCAUAAAGGCGCUGGCGCGUUCCGUGCACGGCGACGUGUUCGAACUGCCGCGCCCGCGCUUCUCAACGCAGAUCUAGCCGCGCCCUUUAAUAUUGUCCCCGCUGACUACCCCAACUAUAGACCGCGUACUAGGGCAUCUGCUUUCUCGCGCCACGCAGAUCUAGCAGCGCCCUUUUAUGUUGUCCCCGUUGACUACCCCCACUAUAGACCGCGUACUAGGGCAUCUGCUUGUUCGUGCCACGCAGAUCUAGCAGCGCCUUUUUAUGUUGUCCCCGCUAACUACCCCCACUAUAGACCGCGUACUAGGGCAUCUGCUUACUCGUGCCACGCAGAUCUAGCAGCGCCCUUUUAUGUUGUCCCCGCUGACUACCCCCACUAUAAACAGCGUACUAGGGCAUCUGCUUGCUCUUGCCACGCAGAUCUAGCAGCGCCCUUUUACCUUGUCACCGCUGACUGCCCCCACUAUAGACAGCAUACUAGGGCAUCUGCUCGCUCGUGCCACGCAGAUCUAGCAGCAGCCUUUUAUGUUGUCCCCGCUGACUACCCCACUAUAGAUCGCGUACUAGGGCAUGUGAUUGUGCCGCGCACGCCCUUUUAUACGGUCCCCGCUGACCAUCCCCCACUAUGGACCGCGUACUAGGGCACCCGCCAAGCUUAUGUAAUAUAAUACUGCAUAAGAAUAUAACACGCCCCCAAAUGUCGCGAAAAAAUAUUGCAUCUACUUUCGACGGUCCCAAAGUAAAAAUGAAAACGUGU